CUGGUAUCUAGCAGAAUUUGGAGUUGAGAAGGGAUACUUUUUGUUGGUCGACAGAAUGCCGGAUCAUCUGAGUGACGAAUACAGCAUUCUUGAGCUGAUUACAUGUUGCUUGGGUCAACUGAGUAGUCAGCAAUAA